AUGAUCGCGCUAUUCAACAAGCUGCUGGACUGGUUCAAGGCGCUCUUCUGGAAGGAGGAGAUGGAGCUGACGCUGGUCGGCCUGCAGUACUCGGGAAAAACCACCUUCGUCAACGUGAUCGCGCUGUGGGACAUCGGCGGUCAGCCGCGCUUCAGGAGCAUGUGGGAGCGAUACUGUCGUGGCGUCAGCACUAUCGUGUACAUGGUUGAUGCGGCGGAUCCAGAGAAGAUCGAGGCGUCGAAGAACGAACUGCACAACUUAUUAGACAAACCGCAGCUGCAGGGAAUCCCAGUUCUGGUUUUGGGCAAUAAGCGAGAUCUUCCCGGAGCUCUGGAUGAGAAGGAGCUCAUCGAGAGAAUGAACCUGUCGGCCAUCCAGGACCGAGAGAUCUGCUGUUACUCCAUCUCCUGUAAGGAGAAGGACAACAUCGACAUCACACUACAGUGGCUGAUCCAGCACUCGCGGACCAGGCGGAGCUGAGGAGGCGGAGCCAGCGUCUGAUUGGAGGAACCGCAUCAUGUGAUCAACUGUAUUUUAGGCGCUCUUGAUUUCGUUCUAAACAAACAGGCAUCCGCCCCUCUCUGUGCUUAUAAACUAAUCCACAUCAUUUACAUCGUUUGAACGUUGAUUUUUACUCUUACGUGAAUGUGCUUUAUUACGGUUUGUCAUGAAGUCACAUGACACGUUUCGCUCGCGCGCAUCGUUCUGCGUGUUUGCUAGGAGAUGGGAUCAAACCUAGACUCGACACCCACAGCAUCUGUCAGAACUAGCGCUCUCUGGUCACAUGCUUCGGGGCGUUCGCGCCGCCAUCUUGUUUUAACGUUUUUCCAAGAUUGUGCGAACAUUCCACAUGCUCUUUGAUCGUUCCCUGGGAGAUUCCGUUGAUUUACACUGUUGCUUUGCGUUUAGCAAGAUGUUAAAUCAUACUAUCAUUAGCUUGUUAGCGUGACUCGGUGCUGGCGUUGUUUCUACAAACAUGACAUCAUCCCGAAGGCAUCAAGGUCACAUGGUUUGCGUUAAUAUUGUAGCAUUACGAAAUCUUUUCAUCUGAAAGCACAUGAAUCAUUCUGAAGAGUUUAACGUGUCCAAAUUAAGGUUUUAUACGUUUCUUUCGAGUCGCUGUAACUACAGCGUUGUAUCGUUGACGUGGGUGGGUUGUCAUGGCAACCACGUUGUUUUUUUUUUUUUUAGGAACGUCAGUCUGCGAGCACGUGCAGAGCAACAUCAGUGUUUUAUUUGAUCUCUGUCGGACCCGCAGAUCGUUGCGCUAAUAAAAACAGCGGAGAUGCGGCAAAUGUUGCGCGAAUCUCCUGCUGAAGUCCAGUGUUGUUUCCGAACGCUGUUCCUAUUGGGGAGAGACGAAGAUCUUGUGAUUUUUCUCGCUUUGAUUAUUUCAUUUACAGCCUGUUUCGUUUUUGUCGCACGUGUGGACGUUUUUGGCUUAAAUCAUAACGGCUUAUAAACGCGUCAGUAGAUUAUACAUAUGUAAAUUGACAUAUUUUGGUUGUUUUUGGCAUGUUUUUACUCAUGUUUUUUCACAGUGUUUUUUUCGACUGGAUUAUGUAAAUAGCAACUUAAACCAAAUGAGAUCUCCGUCCUGAGCAUUACGGUGUUUGUCUUAUUGUGAUUAGCAUCCUAUGAUAAUAAUAACGAUAAUAAUAACAAAGAAGACCCCACUCAUAUCACAGCAAUCUGAACAAACAGAUUGUGUGUGUGUGUGUGUGUGUGUGUGUGUGUGUGUGUGUGUGUGUGUGAGAGAGAGAGAGUGUGUGAGCGAUGGUGUUUGUGCACGGAUGCCGUCAUGUAGACUAGAGUAAUAUUUACUUUAUAAAUGCCGAAGGUUUGUUCUGUAGAUUUUUCACAAUUGCUAAUCACUUUAUAUUCAUCUUCACUAAUGUUUGAUUGUCAUUAGUUCAUCGUCUACACAAGAGUGAACAACGCAAUGCGACAAAAUGGCGGUAAUCAACACUGCUGCACUGGUUACGAAGUCAUGUUACAAAGUCGACUUUGAUGUUACGAAGUCCGUGUUACGACAUUGGUUACAAUAAUCACCAUAGUUACAAAAGGUAUUUUUACUACAAUUCGACUGUUAUCAAAAAGUGCUGCAAUCAGCUUUGUUGACAAUAGCAGUCGUUACGAAGCCAACUUUUAGUUCUGUACCACUUGCGACAGUAUUAGUAUAAUGAAGCCGACGUAACAAAGUUGAUUUUGACAGUAAUUUGCGAUGUCAAACUAUGAAGUUACAUUCAUACUUUAGGUUCGUAAAUGGCAUUGUCAAAAUCAACUUCAUAACAGUCAUUUACGAAGUCAACCUAAUGAAGUCGACUUUGUUGAUUAUACCCAAGUCUUUUUCGAAGUCAACCUAGUUGCGCACAAGUUGCGUAACAUCAAGUUCGUAAAUGACUUCGUUGAAGUUGAUUUGCAAAAGUCAAGCUAACCAAGUCAACUUCGUUGAUUUUAUUGACAUCUUUUACGAAGUUAUACUAAUGAAGUCGUUUUCAUAAUUCACUUGGAUAGCUAAGAGGAUUCAAACUGUUACGUGACUUUGUUAGGUUCGUAAAUUACUUUGUCAAAGUCGACUUUGUAAAAGUCACUUAUGAAGUCAUCCUCAACUUCGUUAAUGAAGUGUGCAGUGUGUCAUCUUCUGUUUGUGUGUUGAUUCAAUUAUUUUUUUAUGUCUAAUUACAUGUGGCCAUAAUGUUUCUUUUUUAUAUUUGAGUUGUUUGUAGCAGUGCCGCUCUUUUAUUUGCUGGGGAAUCAUGCGAUUUCACCCCUGCAUGACUCAUUAUGGGAUGGAGCUGGUUGCCGUAGUUACUGUAUAAUCAACGUGUGAUUGGAC